AUGGCUGCGUGCGACGUUGCUGCGAUGCAACGCUCUGGCCUCAGGCUUGUGCUCGCUGCUGCGCUGGCUGCUCUCAUACUCUCAGCGUGUACGCCCAGGGCCGCGGAGGCCCUGCGCCUGGCAUGCACGGAUCGCAGCUGCGGCGCCAACGCGAGGGCGGCGGAAGCCCUGCGCCUGGCAUGCACGGACCGCAGCUGCGGCGCCAACGCGAGGUGCCUCAAGAGCGUGGCGGGCUGGGCGGACUGCGUCUGCGACAGGGGCUUUAAGCUGCUGCCCAACGCCUCCUGUGCGCGUGAGUGCCUCACCUUAGAGAUUUCUCAAAAGGUACUGCGUGUGCGACAGGACAGAGGCUUCAAGCUGCUGCCUAACGCGUCCUGCGCGC